AUGGCCGCAAGAAUACUGUACGGCAAGCCUUUGGCUUUGCCCGAUACUCCCAUCAUGCAGGAGAUGAUCAACUCUUGCAGGAGGCACGGAGAUCGAGUCUAUUUGGAAGAUGUGAGAACGAAGAAGCAUUCCACCUUCCGCCAGGUGCUGGACAAUGCCGGUGCAAUAAGCUCGACACUGAGGAAACUCGGGCAGGGUCCAGGAAAGGUAGUGCUCAUUUUGAACGACACCUGCGUGGAAUCGAUAACGACCACCUUCGGGAUCUGGCUCUCUGGAGCUGCUUCUACAGCUGUCAAUCCAAACCUACCAACAGAAGAGAUUGUUUACUUCUUGAAAACCUGUCGUAGCGAGGUUAUUUUCUGCAAAGAGGACUAUCUGGACAAGAUAAAGGAUGCAGUUUCAAGUUUGGAUUGGGCGGUUACCAUCAUUUGUCCAAACCGUCAAGAUGGAGUCCUCGAUUAUUACAAAUGUUUGGAAGAAGGAAAUAGUGCCGAAGGGAUCGUACUGGAAGGAUGGUGGACAGGAAAAGACCACGCCUUAGCUGUCAUGUUUACCAGUGGUACAACUGGCAACCCCAAGGGUGUCAUCGUCCGGGAUGAGGCUUUUAUGUAUAACUUCCUCAUGAAAGAUUAUUGGACAGAAAGUUCAAUCCUGAUGCUGACAACACCAAUGUACUGGAUCUCCAACACUCUGGUGACUGCCAUUUCUUCAUGCAUUGGAUGCAAGAUACUUAUAGCAAGUCGAAUGUCUGUUAAGGAGGUCAUGAUAACCAUUACUGAGUACAAGCCCACAGAGUGGUUUACAGGACCAGCCAUUUUGAUAGACAUGUGCCAAGAAGAAAACCUUGACAACUACGACUUUUCCUCUCUUCAAGUCUUGUCUAUCUCGGGAUCAAUUCUCCUGCCUGAUCAUCGUAAAAUGAUCACCAAAAAGAUACUGGGCAAUAGGCACUGCAUCAGGAGCAUGUAUGGCUGCUCUGAAGCCGGUAUAAUCAGCUUCGACCAAACUAUACCCGAUAUUGAUUCACCAAAACUAGCCAGCAUUGGAAAAGUAGCUAAAGGGGCAGAACUAAAAGUAGUAGAUCCUGAGACAGGAAAAAUUCUACCUCCAUUCGCCAUAGGAGAAUUAUGCAUCAAGUCUCCUUCAGUUCUAAAACAGUAUAUCAACAAGGAAAUUACUAAUGAAGAUAUGGACAAGGAUGGUUUUUGGCAUUUAGGAGACCUUGGCUACUAUGAUGAUGAAGAAUAUCUGUUCUACAGUUCCAGGCUGAAGGACGUAAUGAAGUACCGAGGACAACAGAUAGCUCCUGCUGAACUGGAGAAUGUCCUGCAGAGGCAUCCUGAUGUCAUUGAGUCUUGUGUAGUAGGGAAAACAUGUCUUGAAUUAGGUGGAGAUCUUCCUGCAGCCUUUGUUGUUAAGAGAUCUGGGUCCAAUCUUACAGAAGAAGAACUCUACAACUACAUCUCUGAGAAUGUAAUUGAUGAGAAGAAACUUAGAGGUGGUAUCUUCUUUGUGGAUAGUCUCCCCAAGAGCUCAGUUGGUAAAAUCUUACGCUAUGAACUAAGGAAGCAGCUCGUUUAA